AAUGAAGAAUAAAAACCCUAAUCUUAUCUCUUUAGUUUUCUGGUUCUUACGAUUUACGUGAUGGACGAAUCAUUCGUCCAUCAGGACUCUAUUUUCUAUUCAAACCUUGGCUUCUUUCUUAUUCUUUCGAUCCUCUUUAUAUAGAGGAGGAAUCCUAGAGUUAUGAUCGGGUUAUCAAGUGGUUGACAACAUGAUCUCUAUUGAUUUCCUACCUUCCUACGACUUGGAGGAUCCAUCAAGCUUUGUCUCCCUACGCCUAAACAAUGUGCCAGCUGUUAAGUGGAGUGAGAUUUGGCGACUACAAAUGCCGCCUAAGGUACGAGCUUAUGCAUGGAAAUCGAUUAACAAUAUACUACCUACAGGAGGAAACAUUUUGGAUCAAGUGACUGGAGGCAGUGAGGAGUGCCCUCUUGCGUGCUGAAAGAAACUCAAUUCCAUAUUUUCAGAGUUUGUAGUGAAAUCAAAAAUUGCAGGGAUGAACUAGGGUUCUUGCCAAGAGCAAACAGUGAUGAAGGGGAAAUGAGAAUAUGAUCGAAAUGAAGAAACAUGUUUGUUUCUUCUCAAUUUCGGUCUCCCCUUCAGUCUGGGCUCCACGAAAACAGAGCUCACUAAACGGAAAUAAAGACAAAUUAAAUGGAAAUGGGCUUUUGAAAAAGGCCCAGACAAACAAACUAAGAGGACCAGAGCCUGUCUUCUUUCUUGGUCAGCAACCUUAGAAACUGACAGCGGCGGAUCCAAGACACAGUAGAACACUGGGCCCGCAUUUUAUUAGAAAAUUAGAUACCGUAUGAAAAUCAUAAAUUUUUUUACUAUAUCAAUUGUACAUGUUGAUCUUUUUAAAUUUUAAUAUAGUGAAUUCAUCAAUAAUGGAGUCUACAUCCAUACCAAUAGCAUACUCUCUUUAUGAUAAAAUAGUUAACCAAUUGGUGAGAAAUUCAUCGCUCAUUUUAUUACGUAGAUAAUUUUUCACCUAUUUCAUUUGUGAAAAGGUUCUCUCCGUAGUUGUUGAAACGAGCAAUGUCAACACUAGACAAAUCAAUCGACUAAUCAAUAUAUAUAUUUUUGUGUCAAUCCCUAUUUUCACCAGCUACUCUAGUAAUUUUUCAAGUGAACAAACCUCAUAUUCCUUUUAAUCUUUUACAUUUUUUACUUUUAGAAUUUUAGGUUUCAUUUCUUGUUUUUCUUUAGGCGAGAAUCAUUGGAGUUAGAAUUUUUAGGUUAAAUUUAGAGCUGUGUUUAGAAUAUGUUCAUCUGACACAUUUUCCUAAUUACACACAAUCUUAUUAUAAAAUAACACUGGGCCGAAUGACUACAACCGAUAAACUAAUAAGGGCUACACUAGCUUCGGAUCCAGAGGAGGGCUGGGUCGUGGCCCGAGGUGGCCUCCCCCUGGAUCUGCCACUGGAAACUGAGUUUCUGGUUAAACUACGAAAACAGAGCAACACAGAACAGACACAAUGCAGAACGAGAGAACAACAUAAAGAAAGAGACACAGUGGAAUUUUAACGAGGUUCCCAACUAUUGGUCAUUCCUCGUCCUAGACUCAGUACCCACUGAGAUCUAGGAGACUUUUUUUAUUGAUUUUCCUAUCAAGCAAAUUUGAAAUAAAAUGAAUACAGACUCAAGACAAAUAGAAAGAUUAACAACUAAUGAAUACUCCCCGGAUCACAACCCGAUCUGUUCUGCCACCACAGUAUAGAACCUCUACCCUAUACUGUCCACCCUUCUAUAAAUCAAAGCUCAGUCCUAUACCACUAGCUUUGGUUCGUACAAAAGUCAAUGAUACAAGAGACUUCCUCUGAAUAUAUUGAGCACCGAAGCUAGCCGUUGGAGAGAAGCUCUUGAUUUUCUUGAUUGAUGCACUUCCCUUUUUAGAGCAUCUGCAACGGUCCGAGAAUCGGCAAAUCAGACUUGCCAUAUUUCAACAUGUGGCUGCAUUUAAAGGAUAUGGGAACAUACUUCACUUAGCUAUCUUUUUAAAGAAGAAGAGAUACUGAUUGUGAAGAGUGGGUUUGCGCUUUCCGAGAGCUGGAAUCAAAAAGAGGGGCUGGAGUUGUUCUUGGUUGCCAUCUUGUUGAUCUGGGAUACACGAAAUUGUCACUUGUGAAAUAAAGAGUAGAAGGAAGAAUGGUAAAUUGUCGACCGAGUGAAUCAUUGGUUGAGUAUUACAAGAAGCACUGAAUGAAAAAACUUACUGCCGGCAUGCAGUGAUCGAUCAGAUGGGAACCUCCUAUGAUAAACAUUUUAAUCGUCAUAGGAUAAGGGAUCUUUGAUUGUAGUGUUUGGCUUUGGGUAGUGAUAAGGGAUGACAAGGGAAAAUUUUUUCUGGCGGGGGUCAGAAGAACGACAAGGCCAUGGCUACCAGGGUUUGCAGAGGCGGAGGCUUUCGGUAUUAGGAUGGAGGUGGAUCGCCGGCUUCACUUCCUCCCUGGAUUAGUGGAGUCGGAUCCGAUGGUUUGCUAGUAAUCCAGUGUUAAAAAGUGGUAUAAGAUCCAGCAUAAUCUUCUCACAAUAACUCGAGUUACUAAAACCAACUGAUUUUUGACAUAGUAUUAGAACUGGUUUGACCAAGUGGUCGUGUGUUCAAAUCUCCACGACUCCCAAUGUUAGCAGUUGUCUUCAAACACAUGGUAUGGCGGGCCUGUGCAAACUUCAAGCCCAUGGAUUGGCUUUCAUUUAAGGGGCAUGACAUCAACUUCUUUUGUGGGUCGGCUUCAAUUCAAUAUUUUAUGGGUCGUAAGGCUAAUAAAGCAACCAACGUAAUAGCAGUCUUGUAGCAAAAUAAAAUUAGCACACCAUGUAUGAAUAGGAUUUUAAAAGUUUUUUACUUAAUUUUUUUAUUCCAUUAGUAGCAAUUAAAACUAAUUUAAUAUUCCAAGUUUGGUCACUGUCAUUUACAUUCCGUUAGAGGAGUCUACGACAUUAGUUUGUUACGACGUCGCUACGAGAAUUGCCGACUCACCCAAAUUUAACCUAGAAAAAUUAAAAAGCGGCUCGCCACUUCAUAAAUCAUGCAACGUCAGAAACCCUAACCCAACCCGUGUCCUAGCCAUUCCUUCUUGACCCGUUUAGCCUUAAAAAAAGCCCCAAUCGGAUCUACUUCGCAAUCCCAAUCAACCUUAAUGCGACAACCAAUUGGAAGAUAACGGUCAUUGACCAAAUUUGGAAUAUUGAAUUAAUUUCAAUGACUACUAAUAAUAUUAAAAAAAACAUGUGACAAACGUUGAAAUAAAUUAGUAAUAUGAGCAAACUUGCAAUUUGCUCAUUUUUAUAUAUGGUCUAAUUUAUAUUAUCAUUUAGUUGCUACUCUAUAUUCAUUAAUCAUGCAUUUAAUAUAAUUCAUCAAAUAUGUGGUGAUUAAUAUAAAUGUUACUAAAAAUCAGAUUCAAGGAUGACUUCUCAUUUGAAAGAUGUCCAAAAUUCUACCAAGACCUAUCAAAUGUGUAAAUAAUUGUAUUGAGUGCAAUGAAAAAGUUCAAGAUAAACUUUUACUAUACUUGAACUUCAAGAAGAAGAAAAUAACUAUUGAUCCGUAUUUUUUCUAGAUAUCAUUGUUACUUUGUAAAUUUCUUGAUUAGUAAUUUAUAAUUAUGAAUUUAUAAAAUUGAAAAUGCAUGUGUGUAUGUAGUUGGUUCUAUACAAUUGUUAUCAUAUUAUUUUAUCACAUUUGCUCAUUUGUUAUAUUGACUCAAGUUGGGACCGAAUAAAUUAUUAUUUCAUACUAUAUUAUUAAUUUACCGACUAUUAAUUUUUAGAGGUUUUAGUGUAUAUUAUUGCUCAAAAGUUGAAUCACUCUAUUGGUGUUGGAUAUUAGAUAUUUCUAUUACCACAAUGGUUAUCUUUUUGGCAAGUCACUUUGCAUGAGAAUUAAGUGCUAUGAAGGUACAUCAAGGAAGUGAAAUAAGUUUUUAUCAAUCUUUGAUACCUUUAUUUGAUUUACUUUCUCAUUAAAUUUUAUGAGAUGACGUGUAAUGCAUUACUUAUUGUGAUAUUUGGUAGCAACUCGCAAAUAAUCUUCUGACAUGUCCCGACGAAGAAAAGAAAGUUACACUCUUGCUGACUCAUGCUAUUUUGGAGAAGAGUUAUUUUAUUGUUAUAUCAUUUGCGUCUGUAUCAUAUGUUCAUUCUCCGAACUUGAGUCAAUGUCGUGUCUAUUUGUUUUUUGAAAAAAAAAAAAUUAAAGCUAGCCAAUCACCACUACUACUUGCAGUGGAAGGUCUAAAACAUUGCCUUUUUUCCUCCAACGAAAUGGCUUGGAUAUGUUUCUUGGAACAUUCUGGAACCUUAGAAUACGCUUCAUUAUGAAACUGAAAAAGCUCCAGAGACAUUGUGGUGAAAAAACAAUGCACCAUCAUUUCCAUAUUAUUAAUUAAGUGGAUAACAGGACAAGAACUACAAAGGCACACCCCACAUACAGAAGAAAAUUCCAGAACUCAUUGGAGAUUGGCCCUUUUACUAAAAAGAUUCUCUUCGGUUGUUAAAGUCUCUGCAAUCCGUACCAGACCUUCCUAGAGAAGUGCCUUGGAGACCAAGAGUUGAACAGUAGCAGUAAAGGAACACAACACAACCCCUUCGAGACUACGUUGUUGUCUCUGCUUUCUUUUGUCUUUUCCCAACCUCUCUUCUCCCUUGCCUCAGAUGAACGCGGAGUUCACUCUAUAAGUACUUGGACACCAUUUUUACAACGCCGCUUCACUUACAUCCCCACCUCCCCUGAAAACAAAAUGCCAACAGCCCGAGAAACAGGUUGAUCUAUUCAUAGAGCUUUACUCAUACUCCACUCCUUUUGACUCACUCUGUUUCACUUUGCUCUGUUUCAUACCAGUAACAGACCAGAUCACAAUGAGUAGUAUAGUUCAUCACCAGUCUCCCGUCUUUCCAGACCAGUUUCCUAUUUUAGGAAGUGGAAUGAAUAGCAACAACAUGCUACCCACAUCACCAAAUUACUCCUUCGACGAAGGAGACAAUCGGUUCUGUCCAUGCGACGAGCGGUUGAUAAGUCAUUACUUGAUCCCCAAGAGGCUUGGAAAUGAAGAUCAAAUCAUUCAAAUCCCAGAAGUCGACAUCUUGAACCACGAGCCGUGGGAAUUACUACCCACCGGUGGAGAGCAACGGUACAAAGAAUCACAUUAUUUCUGCCGCCGACGGAGCUACUUUACGAGCAAGGAUCGGUACAAAAGGACCACCGGAGGUGGUUACUGGAAACCGACCGGCAAACACCGCGAAAUUAGGAGAGCAGCUGACGGAGAAGUGAUCGGCAGCAAGAGGAGCCUGGUUUUCCAUUAUGGUAGGCCGGCCGGGCAAGCUACGGGCUACACGAUGCACGAGUACUCUGUUCCCAACUCUAUUGGGCAGACGACAGUGGGAGAAGAUUUGGUUCUCUGCAAAAUCAUGAAGAAGAUUUCAAACCACAACAACAAAACUGAAAUAACAGCAAGAAAGCUAAGUAAGAAGAGGAAGAAGGCGGCAAUUACGCCAAUAAUUCCUUCCAACGAAAACAUCAACAAUAUUACUCUGCCUCGGCAAGAAGAAGAAGCUGGCACUUACCAGGUCGCUUCUGGAAAUCAAAAAGCGUCCUUUCAAGAGGCAGUCAGCAAUGAUCAUGGCGGCACAAUGGAAUUGGCGCCCUUUCCGGAGAUACUGUUCCGCGACGGUGAUGAUCAUAGCCAGCUGCCUGAUUUUGAUUAUGAUUUCAAUUUUGAUAUUGAUUUUUACUCCGCGGUCAGAGAUAUACUGCCACCGCCGGAGCCGGAGUCCGAGUCGGAGCCUUAAUUGUGUGAGAUGGAGUGUGGUUGUUAAAUUAGCAUAUCUAGCAGCUGAUGAUCUAAGGGUUUUUUCUUGCGUUUGCUGUUGUAUUAGUGUGAUAUUAAGCACAUUUAGCAGUACGCUAAUGUUGCUGUGUUGUAAUGAUUUCCUUUUAUCUUUCACCUUCUGCAUGUAUUAAGCUUUGUACUUCCUCUAAACUAUACUCGUUAGUUUGCCCGCACUUUGCUGCAGGAUAAUCGAGCUCAGACAAAUAUGAAAUAUGUAUAAUUCAAUUUCGUAUAAUCUAUUUUCAUUCUUCGUUUUUUCUUUGUCAAAUUUAUGAGGAUCAAUCUUAAACAAAAUUUCACUAAGGAAAGAGGGAUAGAAGAAAUAGACAUGACAGGA